CGUGUAACGUAUAAAACAGCACAAAACCAGGGACUGUGAACUCACUCUACUAUCUCACCCCGAAAGCAAACGGCUAUCGCGCUCUCCGUGAAGCUUGCAUACCUACAGUGAUAACAGUCAUUAGUCAAACCUAAUAAGGACACUACUUAUAAACCCCGACAACAGCAAAUCAGUUCUUUUUUUUUGAAGAGCCCGCUUAGUAGCUAAUAAUCAUGGAUAAGGAAUCUGCUAUAGAGAAUAUGCGAAAGCAGUUUGAGGACAUGACUGCCGAGGACUUUGCCCAGACAUGGAACAAGUACGAUGCUGAUGGCAAUGGCUUUAUCGAAGGAGGUGAGCUGACAUGUUUCUUCAGGGAUCUGGUUACAGCCAAAAAGGGAUCAUCGCAAGAGGCCAUGUCGUGUGUGAUGUUGGAGGAGGUGAUCAAGCAAUACAUGGAUGCUUAUGAUGACGAUGGGGAUGGCAAGAUCGGAAUGGCCGAGUUGGCUGAAAUCCUAAAACCAGAAGAGAACUUUAUGCUGAUCCUGAAGACCCAGGAUGCCCAAUUGUCAAGAGCAGAUUUCGACAAGAUAUGGCAGACGUACGACAACGACCAAAACGGCUACAUUGACACGGCCGAGCUCAAGAGUUUUCUAAAAGAGGUCCUGAAAGAAAAGAAACUCAACGACGCCACAUUGGAAAAAUAUACUGCAGCUCUUCUCAAAAUGUUGGAUUCAAAUGACGAUAAAAAGCUGGAACGAGAAGAAAUGAAAAAGUUUUUCUCAAUUAAAGAAUAAGAUCAAUGGAAAUGUACAGGCGAGCUUCACGAGCAUCUAUUUACUCUUCUCUUAUGCAUCUUUCAAGCCUUAUAACAUACUAUAGAGAUACACAUCCCUUGGCCAUGAGUUUUGGGCUUCGUUGGUGUACUAUAUAACAUCGGUGGUGGAUGCCGCGUUGAAGUCACUCAACUCUAUAGCCUUGUAAUCAAAUCAGUAAAAGCAAAACACAAAACCACAAAAGUUUCACCUCGAGACAAACUUCCGUUCGAGUUUGGUUAAGGUUUUGGAUAAUGGGUUUCUACGAAUUGUAUUAAAAACAAUGGACACAGUCAAAGUGAGCAAUUACCACUGACUGCUUUGAGAGUUGAAUGACUUGUAUUUAUAAUUUGAGGCUUUAUUUAUAUGGAUAUAUUAUUUUGGGUUAAGAAACAAAAUCAAAUGAUGGGCAGGAGUCUUGAUGCUUCGCAUACUAUAGUAUAACUUGACUUACUGUGUCCAUUACAAUAACGAGGAAUAUCGGUACAAUUUCAUCUACUGACACGGGUAUGUUACAUUUGAUGAAGGGUAGGGUUUAUUGUCUGCAUUUACAAACAUUGCAAAGGUAGGCCUACUCUCAAGAGCUAUGCAUUUACUAAAAUAUAGAUCGUCGUGAAUUGAGCCAAUCAUUUACAUUCCUAUUUGUAAUUCUCUCCCUUUCUCAGAUCUGCCAGUCUUUCUAAUAGUCCCUCAUUUAGAUAGUUUUUAGAUUGCUGUAGCCAGUUGAGGUUUGCCAUGCAAUAAUUCAAACGAUUAAAGGGCAACUCUGUGUACACAUUUUGCGUGGUUAACAUUAUUGUGUAUCGCCAAGAGGUUGUGUCAAUGCAGAAAGGUUAGUUUCAAGGGAGUGAAGUAGCAGCUAAGGCUGGUAAAUGAAACAAUACCAGACAGCACUGCUUCGGUUACCCAACCUCUACUCCUCUGCUUUGAGUAGUUGGUGUAUUAUUAAAACGCGAUCUCUGUGUGUAACAACAAGGCGAACGAUGUACCAUUUCCCCCACAAUACAAUGCAAUAAAUGGCCGGAGCGUGUCAAGCUAUCGGUGGCGCACUACACUUUGAAAUCGCAAAUACCCAUUGCGCAAACGCUAACUGUUGAAUCAGGUGCAUGCUGGUCUAGCUGGCGAUCAAUGGUGAUCGCUAGCUAGACCAGCGUUCACCUCAUUCCACGCACAAUGCGAGCCUACCAGGUAUUAUUGAGACAAGGUCUAGUAGCAUUUGGCCUACUAUUAGUUGCUUAGCUUUACAAAUCGUCAUUUGUUAAAGAUUUAAAGCAUUUCGGUCAAAUAGUUUCCACUGGGUCUAUUACAUAAUGUUACUUUUGAUCAGUGACUAGUUUGGAUGAAUAUUAAUGACUACGGUUUGGGAACUAACAGGUGGGUCAGAUUGAUGAGUGCAGUUUGCUUUAUGUAAUGUGGUGGAACUAUAAACUGUUUGACCAUUACUAUAAAGAACAUUUAUAUAAACUUAACUCAAGGUAAUGUCUAUAUAACCACUAUGACGAUUUCACUACAUUUUUCCUCGAUACAAAUAAACCUGCCUUUUUCAAAACAUUAUCAACUAGGACUAGUGCUACUUUAUAGUCACGAGCUGCUUAAAACUUUAACUUUACAACGAUACUUCAACUACCUUUCAGGCUACAUAGAAAACUACACGUCGUUUUUAUUCGUUAAAUGUUUAAACAAACCUUUUGAAACUUUUGAAAUGUUAACCUGGUAACUGAAAUUAAAUUGUAUUAUAUUCUGUCGUAUAAAGUGUUCAGUGGUGGGUAUUUUAAAUAAAAUGGCAAUGGAAUGUGAAAAUCCAGACAGUAAAACGAGGCUACCAGUUCGCAUAUGCUUUGCACUAAUACCUGAGCCUCAUAAGAGCUGAAAACCUGGCGAGGUACCAAUAACUGUUCUGGUUUGUGGGAGUUGAAUGUCUGCCUUGGGUGCGUUCGAUUAGCUUCCAUGGGUCGACCCCGGUACGUUCAAAUAGUUUUGACGUAAUUCCAUGGGCUCACCCACAAGUGCCAUGCGUGUGGAGUGGGUCACUUGGGGGCUGGCCCGAGGUGCAUUACGUCAUCAUACAGGGUUGAGCUCUUGUCAGGGGCUCGAGUGAGCAACGCUAAAUCGAACGCACCCUAAAUUCGCAACCAUUACACUGAUAUUUGUGUUUUGGGUCAUUUUGUGUUGUGUUAAUAUUAUUGUUUAAUCAUUCGUAGUCCAUGAUAGGUUUCAUAAAAGGGUGAUUUAGUGCAAAUUUGAAAACGUAGCUUAGUUUGGAAAACAGUUGAGUUCAACACACUAAUGUAGUUCAAGCACUCUUUCUUGAAGAUUUGCUAUCGUAAUUUAACCACUGAACCAUUCUACAAUGAAUAGUGCAUAGUGGAGAUACCGUACAAGUUUAA